UUGGCAAAAGAAAAGGGGCAGGCGAAUAAUUGGUCAAAAUCGGGGGAAGGGGAAGGGGGUAUAUAACCCAGGCGAAGCAGUGGGAGCAAGCUUUCAUUUCAUUGUACCAACAACGCGCGUACUUUAACAGAUUCCAAUUUUUACAGAUUUUGUUGCUUCUUUCUUUGCUUCCUUCAUGGCUGCCCAAAUCGCCAGACGCGUCCUGCGAAGCCUCAGCCAGAUCUUUUCCGCUCCAUCGGCUAGGGUUUUCUCGUGCUUCGAUCGCGGCCUGUCCUCCGCCUCCGAUCCCAUCCGCGCCACUCUCUUCCCCGGCGACGGCAUCGGUCCCGAGAUCGCCGAGUCCGUCAAACAGGUAUACCAAGCAGCUGAAGUGCCAAUUGAAUGGGAGGAACACUAUGUUGGGCAGGAAGUUGAUCCUAGAACUCAGAGUUUUCUCACAUGGGAAAGUUUAGAAUCAGUACGGCGCAACAAGGUUGGCUUAAAAGGGCCAAUGGCCACCCCAAUUGGAAAGGGUCAUAGGUCAUUGAACCUUACUUUAAGGAAAGAACUUAAUUUGUAUGCUAAUGUAAGACCUUGCUACAGUCUUCCCGGCUACAAGACUCGAUAUGAUGAUGUAAAUCUCAUCACCAUCCGGGAGAAUACAGAAGGGGAAUAUAGUGGUCUUGAACAUCAAGUGGUGAGGGGUGUAGUUGAAAGUUUGAAGAUUAUUACUCGUCAAGCAAGUCUUAGGGUAGCUGAAUAUGCAUUUCACUAUGCCAAGACCCAUGGAAGAGAGAGAGUGUCAGCAAUUCACAAAGCAAACAUCAUGCAGAAAACAGAUGGUCUUUUUCUCAAGUGUUGUCGUGAGGUUGCAGAGAAGUACCCAGAGAUCACAUAUGAAGAAGUGGUUAUUGACAACUGCUGUAUGAUGCUUGUGAAGAAUCCGGCUCUUUUUGAUGUUCUAGUGAUGCCUAAUCUUUAUGGUGACAUUAUCAGUGACCUUUGUGCUGGGUUGAUUGGGGGCUUGGGCUUGACACCAAGCUGCAAUAUUGGCGAGGGAGGCAUUGCUCUUGCUGAGGCAGUACAUGGUUCUGCACCUGAUAUUGCCGGGAAGAACUUGGCAAACCCAACUGCUCUACUGUUGAGUUCUGUGAUGAUGCUUCGCCAUCUGGAACUGAGCGAUAAAGCUGAUCGGAUCCAUAAUGCUAUCAUCAACACAAUUGCCGAAGGAAAGUACCGGACUGCUGACCUCGGCGGCUCUUCAUCAACGGCCGAUUUCACGAAGGCAAUCAUUGAUCAUCUCUAAGAACACGGCACUCGUAAUGUUUGAUUAUGGGUAGGGUUGAGAACACUUUUUCUUCCCUGCGAUAUCCUUUUCGAAGAUGUGCUGUAAACGUUGUCUAGCAGUUUUUGAGGGCACAAGACCACCACAUGUCGUUGAUUUUCAUGAGGGCAACUAAUAUCCAACAGCAUGUGAUUUGGGGAGAACUUGAUUAAGCUUGCAUUCAUUGUAGGUCAAACUGGUCGGUCUUUGCUAAGUGUUGAAACGCAAAGAGAGGCACCAGAGAAUCUCAAUACUCAUAAUGCCAUUGUCUGCCAUUGUCACUUUGAAUAAAUUAAAGCAUAUUAGGCAAUUUUUCUUCCCCAUAUUUAGCCCUCCUCUGGUCAUGUCUGCUGAGAGCUUCUUUGCCUAAUGCACACUGAUAUAUUCAUUCAGCCCGAAAACAUCUGCCGAAUCUGUGGGCUGGCUGGUUGAAAUUGAAAAUCUCAUUCCCAUUCCGCCCACAUAUUCAGCCAAUGUGGGUCUUUUUAACUUUUGAGUAUCAUAUUAUUAUUCUUGCAGUUUUAUUACACAUUGCAAAUUACAUGGUGUUGA